AUGAGACCUCCAAUACCCGUUACUACCGAUAUUGAUCCCCUAUUAUUAUUAAUUGAUGAUGCUGUUGUGGCUGGUUGGAAUAAUGAAGGUUUACCAUCAGAUCGCAUGUCAACUGAAAAUGCAACAAUUCUAACGUGUUGUGAAAGAUGGCCGUUAAUGAUUGAUCCGCAAUUACAAGGUAUAAAAUGGAUUAAACAGCGUUAUGGUGAUCCUCUCCAAGUCAUUCGUCUUGAUCAAAAGCAAUAUUUGGACAAAACUGAACAAGCAAUAGUAGCCGGUGAUGUGUUGUUACUCGAGAAUAUUGAUGAAUCAAUUGAAGCUGUAUUAGAUCCAUUAUUAGGAAGAAAUACCAUCAAGAAAGGACGGGCAAUUAAAUCGAGAGAUAAAGAAAUCGAAUACCAUCCAGGAUUCCGUCUAAUAUUGCAAACUAAACUGGCUAAUCCUCAUUACAAACCCGAAAUGCAGGCCCAAACAACAUUGAUUAACUUUACCGUUACCAAAGAUGGUUUAGAAGAUCAACUCUUAGCUGAUGUUGUAGCUAAAUUUGACGGUGAACUAUAUUUGGCUCCUGGUUUUCUAAUCCCUCCUUCAACAGAUUAUAAAGGAUAUCAUCAAUAUAUCGACGAAUUUAUACCUCCUGAAAGCCCCAAUUUAUACGGUUUACAUCCACAUGCUGAAAUCGAUUUUUUAACAACAACAUUCGAAAAUUUAUUCAAAACUGUCUUAGAAAUGCAGCCACGGGAUGCAGGUGAAGGUCAAGCAAUGACAAGAGAAGGAAAAAUUAAAUCAAAAUUAGAUGAAAUUUUAGAUAAACUACCCGAUGAAUUUCCUGUUCGAGAACUAUAUGCUAAAGCCGAAGAGAAGACUCCGUACACUGUCGUAGCACUACAAGAAUGUGAAAGAAUGAGUUUAUUAACACGAGACAUGAGACGAUCAUUGAAAGAACUCAAUUUGGGAUUAAAGAUAAAUUCUUUAUUCAUAAUGCCAAAAGGUUAUGAGUUUUCUCAGGAAGUAAAACAAUUAAUGUUUCAUAUUAUUAAUUUUGUUGAAAGUGGAAAGAAUGAUCCAGUAAUUCCUCUCUACAAUGUGAACGAUCGUCUUGUCAAAAUGUUUGGUAUUUCUGAAAGAUCUGUCCGCAGAUUAAAGCAGGAAUUUCAACAGUUAAGAUAG